UCACUGGCCACAGAGGAAGGCUCUGAAAGAAACAGUUGAGCAGGUCUAGAGAAGGUUGGAAGAUUCUUCAAGGCUUCUUGGGCUUGGAUAGGAUGUAGCAGUCAUUAGAUGGGCAAAAGUGGUGAAUGUAAGGAUGUUGAGAGGAGAUCAAUAGGGGGCCACGCAAGCAGCUCGAAGAUUGUUGCUGACAGAAGGAAAGAUUGGACGCACAUACCCCCAAAACACCCUGACAUGAGAUUACCUUGGCAAAGUUGGCGAUGACUUCAGCCGAGCCUUGGCCAAUCGCUGGCUGGGACAGCAGUGCCCGUUGCUUUAGCUACAAAUGCUCCUCUCUUAUACAGGGGGACUAUGUGUGGUUGGACCUAAAGACAGGUCGGGAGUUUGUGGUCCCGAUUGGAGCUGUUGUCAAACUCUGUGACUCUGGACAGAUACAAGUUCUGGAUGAUGAGGGGAACGAGCAUUGGAUUUCCCCCCAGAAUGCCACCAACAUUAAGCCCAUGCACCCCACCUCCAUUCACGGGGUGGAGGACAUGAUCCGCCUGGGAGACCUCAACGAGGCCGGAAUCCUCCGCAACCUGCUUAUACGCUACAGAGAACACCUUAUAUAUACUAACUGUGGAGGAAGGACGUACACAGGUUCUAUCCUGGUGGCAGUAAACCCUUACCAGGUUCUGCCCAUCUACACAGCUGACCAGAUCCGCCUGUACACCAAUAAGAAGAUCGGGGAGAUGCCUCCACACAUCUUCUCCAUCGCAGACAACUGUUACUUCAACAUGCAGAGGAACAACAGAGACCAGUGCUGCAUCAUCAGCGGUGAGUCUGGAGCAGGGAAAACUGAAAGCACCAAGCUGAUCCUGCAGUUUCUGGCUGCCAUCAGCGGACAACACUCAUGGAUAGAGCAACAGGUCCUGGAGGCCAACCCCAUACUGGAGGCAUUUGGGAACGCUAAAACGAUCCGUAAUGAUAACUCUAGCCGCUUUGGGAAAUACAUCGACAUUCACUUCAACAAGAGAGGAGCCAUAGAGGGAGCCAAGAUAGAACAGUACCUUCUGGAGAAGUCACGAGUCUGCAGACAGGCUCAGGAUGAGAGGAACUACCAUAUCUUCUACUGCAUGUUGAGGGGCAUGCCUUCAGACCAGAAGAUGAAACUGGGCCUAGGGAAGGCCACAGACUACAGCUACCUUACUAUUGGGAAGUGUACAGUUUGUGAUGGCCGUGAUGAUUUGAAAGAGUACUCAAACAUCCAAUCAGCCAUGAAGGUGUUGAUGUUCAGUGACACGGAGAACUGGAUGAUCUCCAAACUUCUGGCCUCAAUACUACAUAUGGGGAACCUGCGUUACGAAGCUCGUACAUAUGACAACCUGGAUGCCUGUGAGGUAGUCCGCAGUGUACACCUGACUACUGCUGCUACGCUGCUAGAGGUGGACGGUAAAGAUCUGAUGAACUGUCUGACCAGUAGGACUCUGAUCACCAGAGGAGAGACAGUGUCCACUCCCCUCAGUAUAGAGCAGGCUCUGGAUGUGCGGGAUGCCUUUGUUAAGGGUAUCUAUGGCCGGCUGUUUGUGUGGAUCGUUGAGAAGAUCAAUGCAGCAAUCUACAAGCCUCCGUCCAACGAGCCCAAAGCCAUCAGGCGCUCUAUAGGACUGUUAGACAUCUUUGGCUUUGAGAACUUCACCAUCAACAGUUUUGAGCAGCUGUGCAUCAACUUUGCCAAUGAGAACCUGCAGCAGUUCUUUGUGAGGCACGUAUUCAAGCUGGAACAGGAGGAGUACAACUUGGAACACAUUAACUGGCAGCACAUCGAGUUCACAGACAACCAGGACGCCCUGGACAUGAUCGCCAUCAAACCCAUGAACAUCAUCAGCCUCAUAGACGAGGAGAGCAAAUUCCCAAAGGGUACAGAUACCACUAUGUUAAAUAAGUUGAACUCUCAACACAAGUUGAACACCAACUACAUCCCUCCUAAGAACAGCUAUGAAACCCAGUUUGGCAUCCAGCACUUUGCUGGUGUGGUCUACUACGAGACACGAGGUUUCUUGGAGAAGAACAGAGACACACUGCAUGGUGACAUCAUCCAGCUGGUUCACUCCUCCAGGAACAAGUUCAUCAAGCAGAUCUUCCAGGCUGAUGUCGCCAUGGGGGCGGAGACUAGAAAGCGUUCCCCCACUCUGAGCAGUCAGUUCAAGCGUUCUCUGGAACUGUUGAUGAGGACUUUGAGUGUGUGUCAGCCAUUCUUUGUGCGCUGCAUCAAACCCAACGAAUACAAGAAACCCAUGCUGUUUGACAGGGAGCUGUGUGUUCGUCAGCUGAGAUAUUCAGGCAUGAUGGAGACCAUUCGUAUACGCAGAGCUGGCUAUCCAAUCAGAUAUACGUUUGUGGAGUUUGUGGACCGCUACCGAGUCCUCAUGCCCGGAGUCAAACCGGCAUACAAACAAGAGGACCUGAGGGGGACCUGUCAGCGUAUAGCCGAGGCUGUCCUAGGCAGAGAUGAUGAUUGGCAGAUGGGAAAGACCAAGAUUUUCCUCAAGGACCACCACGACAUGCUGUUGGAGAUAGAAAGAGACAAGGCUAUCACUGACAAGGUCAUCCUCAUUCAGAAGGUUGUACGGGGCUUCAAGGACAGGUCCAACUUUCUGAAGAUGAGAAAGUCAGCCAUGUUGAUCCAGAAGAGGUGGCGAGGAUACCACUGUCGCAAGAACUAUGGAGCUAUGCGGGCCGGUUUCUCCAGGCUGCAGGCACUGUACCGCUCCAGGAGGCUGUACGUGUCGUAUCAUGUGGCCAGGCAGAGGGUGACAGGUUUGCAGGCCAGGUGUAGAGGAUGUCUGGUCCGCCGGGCCUUCCGGCACCGUCUUUGGGCCGUCAUCACCAUCCAGGCACACACACGGGGCAUGAUAGCACGACGGCUCUACAAGAGGCUGAAGGGAGAGUAUCGGAGGAGGUUGGAGGCAGAGAAGCUGCGUUUGGCUGAAGAAGAGAAACUGAGGAACCAGAUGAGUGCGAAGAAAGCUAAGGUGGAAGCAGAGCGUAAGCACCAGGAGAGACUGGCCCAGCUAGCAAAGGAGGACGCUGAGAGAGAGAAGAGAGAGAGGGAAGAGGCGCGGAGGAAGAAAGAGAUGGUGGAGCAGAUGGAGAAAGCCAGACAUGAGCCAGUGAACGAUUCUGACAUGGUUGACAAGAUGUUUGGUUUCCUGGGGACAACUCACUCCUUGCCUGGUCAGGAGGGGGCGCCGCCAGCUGGGUUUGAGGAUUUGGAGCGAGUCCAGAAGGAGUUGGAGGAGGAGGAUCUAGACGAUGUUCUUCCUCUCCCUGAGGAUGAGGAGGAUGACCUUUCAGAGUAUACGUUUGCCAAGUUUGCUGCCACAUACUUCCAGGGCAGUACCACCCACACUUACGUCAGACGGCCCCUCAAACAACCGCUGCUGUUCCAUGAUGACGAGGGGGACCAGCUGGCGGCGUUGGCCGUGUGGAUUACGGUGCUGAGGUUCAUGGGAGAUCUCCCGGAACCCAAGUACCACACAGCCAUCACUGACGGAUCAGAGAAGAUCCCUGUCAUGACCAAGAUCUAUGAGACGCUGGGAAAGAAGACCUACAAGAGAGAGCUACAGGCCCUGCAGGGGGAGGGAGAGAACUCUAAUUCAGACAGCAACAAGAAGAACAGUGUCCGACACAAACUAGUGUCGCUCACUUUGAAGAAGAAGUCCAAGAUCACUGAGGAGGUGACCAAGCGAUUGAACGAUGGAGAGUACAGUCUCCAUGGUAACAGCAUGUUGGAGGACCGGCCCACAUCCAACCUAGAGAAACUCCACUUCAUCAUUGGCAAUGGAAUAUUACGACCUGCAUUGAGGGAUGAGAUCUACUGUCAGAUUUGUAAACAGCUGAACCAGAACCCCUCUAAGAGCAGUCACGCCCGUGGCUGGAUCCUCAUCUCUCUGUGUGUCGGCUGUUUUGCCCCCUCUGAGAAGUUUGUCAAGUACCUGCGGAACUACAUCCAUGGCGGUCCUCCUGGCUACGCCCCCUACUGUGAGGAGAGACUCAGACGCACCUUCGUGAAUGGAACCCGAACACAGCCACCAUCUUGGCUGGAGCUGCAGGCCACCAAGUCCAAGAAGCCCAUCAUGCUGCCGGUGACCUUUAUGGACGGGACCACUAAGACCCUGUUGACCGACUCCGCCACCACGGCCAUGGAGCUGAGCAACGCCCUGGCAGACAAGAUCAGCCUCAGAGACCGCUUCGGAUUCUCCCUCUACAUCGCCCUGUUUGACAAGGUGUCCUCCCUAGGCAGUGGUAAGGACCACGUGAUGGAUGCCGUAUCCCAGUGUGAGCAGUAUGCCAAGGAGCAGGGUGCCCAGGAGAGGAAUGCCCCGUGGAGACUGUUCUACAGGAAGGAGAUCUUCACCCCCUGGCACUGCCCUGCCGACGACGCUGUGGCCACCAACCUCAUCUACCAGCAGACAGUGCGGGGCGUGAAGUUCGGGGAGUACCGCUGUGAUAGGGAUGACUUAGCAGAGUUAGCCAGCCAAGAAUACUAUGUGGAUUAUGGCGCUGAGAUCCUGACAGAGAGGCUGCUCAGUCUGAUUCCAUCCUACAUCCCUGACCGAGAGAUCAGCUCCUCCAGGAGUGUGGAGAAAUGGGCCCACGUCAUCAUGGCAGCCCAUAAAAAGGGCAUCUACACCCAGCAGAGACUUGACCCCCAGAAGGUCAAGGAGGAUGUGGUGGACUUUGCUCGCUACAAGUGGCCACUCCUCUUCUCACGCUUCUAUGAGGCCUUCAAGUUUUCAGGGCCCAGUUUGCCUAAAAACGAUGUAAUUGUUGCAGUGAACUGGACAGGGGUGUACUUUGUAGAUGAACAGGAGCAGGUUCUGCUGGAACUCUCCUUCCCAGAGAUCACUGCAGUCUCCAGCAGCAAAGGAGGCAAACUGCAGGGUCAGAGCUUCACCCUGGCGACCAUUAAGGGUGAUGAGUUUACAUUCACGUCGACCAACUCCGAGGACAUCAGAGAUUUGGUGGUAACCUUCCUAGAGGGUCUGAGGAACAGGUCCAAAUAUGUGGUGGCUCUGCAGGACAAUACCAACCCUGGUGGGGAGGAGUCAACAUUCCUGUCAUUCCAGAAAGGCGACUUGAUCCUAUUGGACCUGGAGACAGGUCAGCAGGUCAUGACCUCAGGCUGGGCCCAUGGGAUCAAUGAACGGACCAAUCAGAAAGGAGAUUUCCCCGUUGACGCAGUCUACGUCCUUCCCACUGUUACCAGACCUCAGGUUGAAAUAGUGGCCCUGAUUACCAUGACACCAGAUCAGAGACAGGAGUCUCUGCGCUCAUCUCAGCUGGUGCUGCCAGACUCUGGAGAGGAAAGGGUUAAACCUUACACAUUGGAAGAGUUCAGCUAUGACCACUUCAGACCUCCUCCCAAACACACUCUGAGCAGGGUGAUGAUCACUAAGAACAGGGGGAAGUCCUCACUGUGGAGCUGCACCAGGGAGCCCAUCAAACAGCCCCUACUGAAGAAGGUCCUCAGCCAUGAAGACCUGUCACAGGACGCCUGUAUGGCCUUCAUAGCUAUGAUGAAGUAUAUGGGGGAUUACCCGUCUAAACGAACGCGUUCUGUCAACGAGUUGACUGACCAGAUUUUUGAAGGGGCCCUGAAGGCUGAACCUCUAAAAGAUGAGAUUUUCUGUCAGAUACUCAAACAACUUACAGACAACCACGUCAAGUACAGUGAGGAGAAGGGAUGGGAGCUGCUGUGGCUGUGUACUGGUCUGUUUUCUCCCAGUAACAUGCUGCUGCCUCACGUCCAACGCUUCCUCCAGUCUAAGAAACAGCACCCUCUGGCUCCAGACUGCAUGACACGACUUCAGAAGGCCUUACGUAAUGGCUCCAGGAAGUACCCUCCCCACCUGGUGGAGGUGGAGGCCAUCCAACAUAAGACCACCCAGAUCUUCCACAAGGUCUACUUCCCUGAUGACACCGAUGAGGCAUUCGAGGUGGAGUCUAGUACCAAAGCUAAAGACUUCUGCCUGGCUAUCUCUACUCGCUUACUGCUGAAAUCACCUGAAGGAUUCAGCCUGUUUGUCAAGAUCUCUGACAAGGUGAUCAGUGUACCUGAGGGAGACUUCUUCUUUGACUUUGUCAGACACCUCACUGACUGGAUCAAGAAAGCUCGACCUGCUAAAGAUGGUAUUGUACCAUCUCUGACCUACCAAGUGUUCUUCAUGAAGAAGUUAUGGACCAACACUGUUCCUGGGAAAGAUUCCUUCGCUGACUCCAUCUUCCACUACUACCAGGAGCUGCCUAAGUAUCUCCGUGGCUACCAUAAGUGCAGUCGUGAAGAGGUGUUCCAGUUGGGGGCGCUGAUCUACAGAGUGAAGUAUGAAGAUGACAAGUCCCACUUCCCGUCCAUACCGAAGAUGCUCCGGGAGCUGGUACCACAGGACCUGAUUCGCCAGCUCUCCCUAGAUGACUGGAAACGGUCUAUAGUAGCGUAUUUCAAUAAACAGGCUGGUAAAUCCAGAGAGGAGGCCAAACUCCAGUUCCUGAAGAUCAUCUACAAAUGGCCCACAUUUGGAUCUGCCUUCUUUGAGGUCAAGCAAACCACAGAGCCCAACUUCCCAGAGAUCCUGCUGAUUGCCAUUAACAAGCAUGGAGUCAGCCUGAUAGACCCCAAGAACAAGGACAUCCUAACCACCCACCCAUUCACUAAGAUCUCUAACUGGAGCAGUGGAAACACCUACUUCCACAUCACCAUUGGCAACCUUGUCCGGGGUAGCAAGCUGCUGUGUGAGACAUCGCUGGGCUAUAAGAUGGAUGACCUUCUGACCUCCUACAUCAGUCAGAUGUUGACCACCAUGAGUAAACAGAGAACUGGGCGGGGCCACAGCAAGUGAACUUCCUAUUGGCAAGAGGCUGCAGAGCUCAUUCGAAUAUUGCGCCCUGUUGGGCAGCCCUGCAGCUGGGGGCGGAACUUCUCUAACCAGAUGUGGAGGAUGAGCCGGAGCCCCUCUUCCAGCACCACCUCCAGCUAUGCCCUCAGCAACGACCUUAGCAACAACCCUAGCAAUGAUCCUGAUGACGAGCCCUCCAGUGAAGACGACUACCUCUAAGAACCGUCCUGUUAAAUAUCCUUCACUUCCUGUUGCUCUCACUCAACCAUUCCAGAGUUGCUAUAUACAAACACACACAGUUGCAAAUUGAUAUUUUUGGAACAUUGCAUUCAGACAGAAGUGUCUGUUACCAAGGAGAUGUUUGUUAUUUACCCAUCACUGGAUGGACAGCAUGAAGGGAGACACAUGAUUGGCUAUGUUGCCUAGACUCUUAACUAUUUACUGAAAGGAAGAAUUAGGAUGACAUACUGAGUAGAAUAACCAGUGAAAGCUUUAUUAUCGUUUUAUUCCGUGUCUGGUAAUGACAGAAGUGUGCAUGGUAUUACACAAUGUUUUUUUAAAUGUAGUUUUAUUUAAAGCCUUAACUAUAUCAUCUUAAAUGUCUAUUGAGCCAGGUGUCUGGGUUUCGCAACCAGCAAAGUAGUCUAUGCCACGGAUUACUACAGGUCUGGCCUGACGUUUCAUGUUUAUUUUUAUUAUUGUGUUUAUUUUGUGUCACUUAUCACCAGAAUUAAGGCUACUCUACUCCCAGCCUACACAUGUAUGCAAAGCUUGUAUAAAAUUGACAUUCUGUGUAGAAAAACCAAGCACAAAAUGCACAUGCCCGGAUGUUUUUACUCAAUGAAACAUAACAUUGUAAUGUUGUCUACCUGGUAUAUUUUUUAUGUUAGUUUAACCAGAAAUUACCAUUAUCUGUUGGUAUUUGGCAGCUUUUUACUGUAGCUCUAUCAAGCUAGUGUUAAACUCACCAAUGGCCUUCAUCACACCACAACAAAGGUUGCAAAACUCCCUACAACUCUGACUAGGACCAUGCCUUGACCAAACUUGGCAUGCAAAUAACUGAUUGAAGCAUUGAUUUCAUGUAGCUGCGACAAAAAGCAGCACUGGAGCAAUUCGGGUUAAUCCCUUGCUCAGGGAUAGAAUUUGAAUCUUGCCCAUUCUGGGAUUUGACCUAGAAAACAUUCUGUUACUUUUUGGAUAGUCUAAGCGUCCUCUGUGUGUUACCAUUGUGUUGUUCAAUGAGAAUGCUCAUGUUACUAUCUGUUACUCCUGGUCUAAGACACAUUUCAAAGAAAACCUUGAGACCAUAACAAAUACCCUCCAGGACUAACUAGCCCCUGUGACUGCAGCUGAAUUUGUUUGUUUUUGUGUAAAAUAUUUGGUACUUAUUUUUUAAGUGUUAUGUAUGGAAAAUGUGAUUUGUAUUAGGAGUCUGGAGACACUACAGUUGACUUUAAAGAUAUUUGAGGGAUUGACGUAAUUAAGUCUUGUUUACUUUCCCAGUGAGACAAACUCAUUCAUAACAUGUUUAUCGCUCUGUAGUAUGAAAAAGGUUUUAGGUAACAUAUCAUUAGUUUACCGCAAUUGUCUGGAAGCAUUUAGGAACUUCUAUUUAGCUCCUUUCAAAAACAGAAAAGUGCGCCUUCUAACUUCUCCAAACUUCCUUUGGGCUCUGGGCACACAAUAAUGCAGAUUAUACGGAAUAGGACGCACACUUAUUACAAGUUUAUUACACCCAUGUAACUCUAUGGUCUGGAUAGAGGAUUAUAGCUAAAUGUGUAGUUCUUACAUCAGCCCUCCCCUGCACCUCCAAUGAAGGCCAGGAUUCAAUCCAAAACUCCCCUGUUAUGUGACUGACAUUUAAAGGUGAUCUCUAAUAGAGCAGUCUAUGCCUUGAAUGUGAUCUUGUAACUUGGCUUUUAAAAGACAUGUCCAAUACAGAGCUUAGACUAAAUCCCGGUCUACAGUAGAUGUUUGUUUUUGUAAAAACAAUAAAUGUAAUUGGAUGAA